AAAAUUAAGGGGAAAAGAAAGGGACAUAAGCCACAUCAAUCUGACCAACAGCACAAGCAUCUCAAUUUGAAUCCACAAAGUUUUGGAUAAUGAAAAGAAAUACAUAAUUUUAAUUCAACCCAAGUGUUUUCCAAGCAGAUUAUAUUUGCUUAAAUUGCUACAGUAAUUCAAGGACAGCCCUGUCUGGACACACAGUUACUGUGGAUUUUUAAGAGACUCAGUUAAAGAAUUUAGGAAUAGCUGAUUCAAUUUACAGGAUUUGCAAAUUCAUCAACCCCUGAAAACUAAAGCAAACUCAACAGGACAAAAAAAGAACAUGGGCUUUCUAAGUCGAGCAUGUGUCCUUUUCUUCUUUUUUGGAGUCAAAGUAUAUUGCCAGUAUGAAAGUUAUCAAUGGGAUGAAGAUUAUGAUCAAGAACCAGAUGAUGUCUACCAACCAGAAUUUCCAUUUCAUCAAAAUGAGGACUUUCAAGUUCCUUUUCAUCAGCAUAUGUUAGGCUGUGCCACUGAAUGUUUCUGUCCACCCAAUUUUCCAUCAUCAAUGUACUGUGACAAUCGCAAACUCAAGACUAUCCCACGUGUCCCAGCACACAUACAGCAAGUCUACCUUCAAUUCAAUGAAAUUGAGGCUGUGACUACAGAUUCAUUCAUUAAUGCAACACAUCUUAAAGAAAUCAACCUCAGCCACAACAAAAUUACUUCUCAAAAGAUUGAUCUUGGUGUGUUUGCUAAGUUGCCAAAUCUACUACAACUUCACUUACAGCAUAACAAUUUAGAAGACUUUCCAUUUCCUCUCCCCAAGUCUUUGGAAAGACUUCUUCUUGGCUACAAUGAGAUCUCCAGAUUGCAGACAAACGCCAUGGAUGGGCUAGUGAACCUGACAAUGCUUGAUCUCUGUUAUAAUCAGCUUGAGGAUUCCAUGUUACAAGAAAAAAUACUUGCCAAAAUGGAAAAAUUAAUGCAGCUCAACCUAUGUAAUAACAGAUUGAAAUCAAUGCCUCCUGGUCUGCCUUCUUCACUGAUGUACCUAUCUUUAGAAAAUAAUUCAAUUUCUUCUAUACCAGAAAAUUACUUCAACGAACUUCCCAAACUUCAGGCUGUACGAAUGUCACACAACAAACUACAAGAUAUCCCAUAUAAUAUUUUUAAUCUUUCCAACCUAAUAGAGCUCAAUGUUGGACACAACAAACUGAAGCAAGCAUUUUAUAUUCCAAGAAAUUUACAACACCUAUACCUACAGAACAAUGAAAUCGAAAGUAUCAAUGUUACAGUGAUGUGUCCGUCUGUUGACCCACUGCAUUACCACCAUUUAACAUACAUUCGUUUGGACCAAAAUAAGCUAAAAGAGCCAAUAACCUCAUACAUUUCCCUCUGCUUCCCUUAUAUACACACUAUUUAUUAUGGUGAGCAAAGAAGCAGUAAUGGUCAAACAAUACAACUGAAGACCCAAGUUUUCAGAUUUCAGGAUGAUGCUGAUAGUGAAGAACAUGAGGAUCACCAAGAAGGUCCAGAACAAGAAGAAACAGAAGAAAACACUGACCAUCACUACUAUGGAAGUUAAGAAUGGCAAGAAACUAUAUAGGUAUACGGUUAUGAUUUUAUACAUUAUUAUUCAAUAUAAGUUUAACUGAACAUGGAAGGCUCACAGUAAUAUACCUAGAAUCAUGUAUUAGUAUUAGAUCAGACUGAAUUUAAGUUGUUGCUAACACUGGCAUCAUUACAUAGGAUUCAAACUUACUUAAGAGGAUACCAGUCUUUGGAAAUAUAAAUUAAAAUGACAAGUGGGAAUAAAAAACUAAACUUGAAAGCUGAAAAAAAAAAAAAAAAAGCAAGUAUGCCAUCUCUAGUAAUAGUAACUGUUCUAAGAGUGAUGAAAACAGUAGCACCAGAAGCCGAGAACUAGCAGAGGACAGGGUUGAGCUGCCUGGGCUUACAUUCAUAUAAGAGGAAGCCAUUCGCUUAGGAGUAAAUUACUUUCUUUGUCCUGACUCCCAGAAAGCUUUCACACUGUUUUUGUAUAUAUAUAUUUUUUUAUUGGAGUUCAAUUUGCCAACAUGUAGCAUAACACCCAGUGCUCAUCCCAUCAAGAUUUCACAUAAAAGUGUGAAAGCUCAAGUGACUGAGGGGGGCACUUGAGCUUUCACACUUUUAUGUGAAAUCUUAUCACCAUGACAUCCACUUUCCUGGCCUUACCACUUAGAGCAAUAGAGCAUGCUCCUGAUUUUCAAAGAGGCCAUUCUACUAAGGAUUCAAGACAUGUGGUUUCAUAAAAUCAACUGGUUUUUUCUCUCAGAGCACCAAAGCAACAAAAUUCUCCAAUCUGUAUUAGGAUAACUGAAAAACUACCAAACUGUCUCAUCACAAUCUGUAUUUUAGCAGAUUUCAGCAAUUGUCCAAAAGAAUCUGUCCUCCAUUUUAACUGGGAUAAAUGUUUUUAGAGUAAACUCACGAAAAUUUUUUGGUUGUUACAUAAAGAUUUGCUAAUAAAUAACUGCUUUGCCCAUAAGGUUAAUUUAGUACACAAUAUACCAGCAUUAUUAAAACACUUUCAUUUUCCUAGCACAGUACAGUAGAAACAUAUAUGUGCAUCAGCCAGGAUUUAUUUAAUUAGUGCUAAAGUUGAAUAGAGUUCCUUUACAAUUUGGACAAGCUUUGAUAUUUUCUUUAAAACCUUAGAAGCACCUAUUAUUUAAUCUAUCAUUUUGAAGUAUUUUAAGUAUGCCUUGUAAUGAAGAUGAUAGAAGUGCUGCGAUGAACUCUCCUGAUUUACCAGCUAACAUUUCAGUCUCUCAGAUGAAGAAUAAACACAGAUGGGCUGACCUACAAGGGGAACCCAAACAACAAAUGGUAACAAUUUGGACAACGGGCCAGGACCAGACAAGUGAAACUUUAUUUUAAGUUUUCAAGUGGUGAGUCUUUAUUUUGCUAGAGAUAAGAGUGCAAAAUGAAGCCCCUAAUGCUCUUUAUUUCUUUGAGAAGUUAUUAGCAUUUAGCAGAAACAGAACACCCACCUGUCCCCAAGAACAACCUCAACAAUUCAUAAUGAACACAAACAACACUCUAUUCAUUCAUUUAAUUAACAUUCAUCAAAGCAGCUGGUGUGUAAGGCUUAGCAAUAAGGGCAAGAAACAGAACUAUGUGCACCUGUGACAUCUCAAGAUACAAGGGUGAGGGUAGCAGAGCAAAAUGCUGGGAAGGUGGACAAAGCACACUUUCAACACAGGUUAAAAAAAAUUAAGGAACACCUCCCCCUUUAUUGAAAUUUUUAAAAAUAGGCUUAUAAAUUUAAAUAUUAUGAGCUAAUAUUGUAAAAUACUAUGAGUGUUUUAGGAGAUAAAAGAGAUACAACUAUUUCUAACCUAAAGCAAUUUAAAAUCUAAUGAGAGGCCAUCCGGGAAAUAUAAAUGAAAACCCUAAUGAGAGAUCCUCUCUCACUCACUGGGAUGGCUAGAACUUAAAAGACACAUAACAGAUGUUAUUAGCAAGGAGGCAGAGAAAGUAGAACACUCACACACUGCUGGUGGGACAUCCUAUGGUGCAGCUGUUUUGGAAAGCAGUCUGCAGUUCAAAAAAUCAGAGUCACUUACAAUGCAGCAAUUCUACUCCUAGAUACAUACUCAAGAGAACUAAACAACACACAUGUUCACACAGAAAUAUAUAAACAAAUGUUCAGAGCAGCACUAUCCAUUAAUAGCCAAAAAGUAGAAAGCGCCCAAAUGUCCAGCUGAAGAAUGGAUAAAUGUGGUCCUGUACACAAAACGAAGUAUUAUUCAGCCAAGAGAAGAAAUGAAGUACUGAUACAUCAUUCUACCACAUAGAUGAACCAUGAACACAUCAUGCAAAGUGAAAACUCAAUCACAGAAGACUACAUAUAGUAUGAUUCCAUUUCAGUGAAAUGCCCAGAACAGGCAAAUCUAUAAAGACAGAGUUUUGGUUGCCUGGGACUGCAGGGGUGGGGAAGAGAGGGAAUGUGGAAAAAUGUUCUAAAAUUGACUGUGGUGAUGGCUGUACAAAUCUAAAAAUACUAAAAAUGAUUCAUAGAUUUUUAAAGGGUGAACUGCAUGAGAUGUGAAUUGUCUCAAUAAAGCUGUUAAUAAAAAGUUUAAUGAAGAAA